CAAAUCGAAGAGAAAAUUCAAGUCGUGGUCCACCGAAGCGUUGCUCCAAUCGUCGAAGAAGAAAACUUGCAUCACACAAGAUAGCCGGUAUAUGACGACACCCGGUAUAUGACGUAUGCAUCCUCCUGCGAAAGGAAGAUACUCGUUUCCGGCGCGAUACUAGCGAGAAACCAUCGAUUACGAGCGUUUUCUCUGGGACCGACGACCGCCGUACGCGGCAUCCUGAGGGCGACUGGACGAGCGGAUUUGCGGACCGUCACCGCUCGGGUACGAGGCAUGAGAAAAAGGGAGAGAGUGAGGGACAGAAAACGGGCGCACACACGUGGUGUGUCCAUGGGCGCAGCCCAGGAAUUUUAUGGGACCCUAGUUGUAAGGGGACCAGCUGGAAAUUUCCUUCAACUCUGUGUGAAUCGCCGACCGUAUAAAUCGCAACGAGAAAAAGGGAAUAAUGUUACAAAAGAAGUUCAAUUUGACCAUUUAUUUAUUUAAGAGAGCUUUACGCGGUGGAAAAAAACCAAGUAUCUUAUAUUAAAUAUUUAAUGUGGCAAAUUUGUGUAAAUUACAUGAAAAUAUGAAUAUUUAUUUUUUUUU